AUGCGACGUCUUCGUCGUCCAAUAAUUUCCUCAUUGAAAUGUGAGUUCAAAUAAAUUUUUUAUGAAUGAAAAAUUUUGAAUUAAAUUUUAGUACUCCGGCGCAGAAAAUACAUAGUUUCGGGGAGAAAAAGACUGUUCGACGGGGACACAACGAUUCAGGGGUCAUGUGGAUGUUAUGGGUGUGUUUUUUGAUUAUUAUUAUUUUUUUUAAUUUUUUGGAGGUUCAAUCAUGUUGGACUCGAUAUUUAAUGGUUUUCUGGACUUGGUGGAAAAAAGUUUUUCAGAUUUUCAGAAUCGAAAUAACGAAGAGAGUAGAAAAAUAAAGUUUUUGGAAAAAAAGGAAAAAAAUUAUUUUUUUCUUCGCUUUUUUUUCUGAUUUAAUUUGACGGUUUAGAUCAUUUACAUGAGCUUCUGGAUUUUCAGAAAUAGUUUGAAGCUUUGGAAGCUAUUGAAUUAUAUAAAAAAACGAAGGCAUUUUUCUCAGUUUCCAUGUGUUUGAAUAUUUUAAAUUACAAACUGAAAAAAUUUUUACGGGUCGAGCGAUGUGUUCGGUCUUUUUCGGCCUUUUUUGAACGGUAUCCAAAUUUUUUGAGUCAUUUUUAAGCGCUGCCAUCUUUCAGGUUAUACGGGGCGCUACCAAAUUUUGGACUUUUCAACAAAAAAAAAAUACUGAUGUGGGAUCGAACUUGUGACCUAACAUACUAUAGAUUAAACCUCUAUCACUCUCAUCACGUCCAUUCUAAAAAUCUCGAAGUUUCGGUCAGAAAAAUCCCAUUUUUCACUGGCCACUCGUUACAAGUGGAUUAUCCUUCGUUUCUAUCCAACGAGUUUUUUUUUUUGGACGUUCGUUUUCAAAACUGAAAACUGGGUCACCAUAUGUUGUGUACACAUUUUUUUAGAUGUUUUGCGCUUUUUUUAUAUUUUCUCAGAUUCAAAAAUAGGAUCUUAAAUUUUAUAGUUUUCAAAUGCGAAUCUUUGAAAUUUGUAAAAAGACGGGAGUUUUUCAAGUUUUUUUGAUUUUUUUAAUGAUAUCGAUUUAACAAAGUUUAAUUCUAGAACUUUUUUUGAAAAUUAACUUUUUGAUUGAUUUCCAUGAAUUUUCAAACUAUUUGGAAUCGAUAAUUUUUUUAAGAUUUUAAAAAUUUGAAAAAAAUUCGCACUUUUUUUAAAAAUGUGUACGUUUCCUCUCCUACAUAGAAAAUAUUCUUCUCUCUCCUGGGAUUCCUUGGAAAAUUCGUGAAAUAUAUUUCUCGGAACGCAAAUUGGCCGCCAUAUUUUCACCUCGGCCGCCUUUUCUUUUUCCCUCUUUUUGCCCUAAUCUCGCCCGUUCGCCUAUUUUCCCUUUUUCGAUUUUUGGUUGUCUUUUUAAAAAGUAAACUUCUGUAUAACUUCAAUAGUUCAUUAAUUUUCAUAAUUCGUUAAAAAAUUCUGAUUCUCGACCCCUCCUUUUUACCAUCUUAUUUUACAGUUUCUUCAAUUUCCCCAUGACAUUAAUAACUUUUUUUUGGACAAUUUGCUUUUUUCCGUUCAACCAAUAGCAUUAUCAUCAUUAUAAGAACACUGGAUAUAUUUUUAAAAAUGUAAAAAUGCAAAAAAGGCGGUCAAGUUAGGCUCGGCAUUCCAAGAUUAACUUGGAAGUCGGAUCCGGACCGCCUUGGGGGUUUUUUGGAGAUUUUUUGGAAAGUAUUUUUUUUCGGUUUUUGCUGAAUUCGAUUAGAAACAUCUUUUGCAACCGCCUGAUUUUUUUUCUUUUUUUUUUGAGAUGUUUCAGUUAGAAUUCAGUAUUUUAUGAUCAUUUUAUCUUUUUGGCUGUUGCGGUUUGAAAUGGCAGGGUCGGAGACCUGCGGGCGGGGGCAGAGCCAGAGGCUAAGCCCCCGUUCCGACCGGCUUGUCCCCUGGUUUUUAUACCCUCCUGUAGUUGUACAGCCGACUGGCAGCGACUUGCGCCAUCUUGUAGCCCUUCUUCUUGACGGCGUCUCUGCUCGUCUGCCAUGUGGCUCUGCGUCUGCUCUGACCGGCCUGGCGUCGUGCCAAAGAGUUUCCGACGGUUUUGAGUAGAAUUCGAGCUUUGAAAAAGGCGCUUUUUGGAUAAUUGCGAGGACAGAAAAGUUCAGAACUGAUUUUGGAUUGGAAUGGUCGUGUUUUACAAGUUCUUGGCUGUGUUAAACCAACCUGGUGAUGGUCUGAAAACCGUCGUUGAUCAUUUAAAAAAUGUUUCAGAAAGAUUAACUUUUUGGCUUGAGGAACACUUUUUUUUCAUGAGAGAAAAAGUUCAGGACUGGUUUGGAUUAGGAUGGUCGUAUUUUACAAGCUAUUGGCUGUGUUAAACCAACCUGGUGAUGGUCUGAAAACCGUCGUUGAUCAUUUUUCGAAAAUGUUUCAGAAUGAUUAGCUUUUUGGAUUGAAGAACGCCGUUUUUAUUAUAGAAACAGUUCAGAACGUGUUUGGAUUAAAAUGUCCGUACUUUACAAGCUCUUUUCUCAUUCAAGCCCGUCCAGACUGUUCCAGGAAACGUUAGUGAUCACUUGAGUAAUCUUUGAAGUGGCCAUUAAAGUAUUCCCAGGCAUCAGAAUAUGGAGAAGUUGUGACUCGAUUUCUAGCAAUUCGAAAGCUUUUUUCUGAGCUUCAAGAAUUUAUAAACCUCUUCUUUAAAAAAAAAAAAGACAAAAGGGCGGUCAAGUUAGGCUCGGCAUCCCAAGAUGAACUUGGAAGUCGGAUCCGGACCGCCCCCGGUGAAACAGUCCGAGCCCCCGUUCCGACCAGCUUGUCCCCUGGUUUUUAUACCCCCCUGUAGUUGUACAGCCGACUGGCAGCGACUUGCGCCAUCUUGUAGCCCUUCUUCGUGACGGCGUCUCUGCUCGUCUGCCAUGUGGCUCUGCGUCUGCUCUGGCCGGCCUGGCGUCGUGCCAGAAAGUUUGCGACGUUUUGAGUAGAAUUCGAGCCUUGAGAAGCGCGCUUUUUUGA